AUUAAUAGUAAGUGUUUUUCUGUGCGAAAGAGUUUCGGGUCCGGUCUUGGCCUGAGACCCGGGCUACUUGCCGAAACAAACGAGUUCUUAUUUCGCGGGACAACAACAAAAUAGCAGCUGUGCCGGCAUUGACAAGAGACAGAGGAGGCCUACUGCUCAUGGUACAACCAAAAACUUUGUUAUGGAGGAAAAACGGAAAAAAUCAAUAAGGAUAACUGAAGUUUCCGAAGAUGCUGUUAUUCAACAUAUCCUGCCUUUGAAUGAUUUGACUCGCGUCAAGAGGAGAGGACGAAACAGCGGAGCCUCUAGUCAGGAUCUUGUCUACACUGCCACAGAGUAUAACGGUGACUCUGACAGCGAUGAGGACGCUGAACUGAGCAUUCCAAAUGGUGUGCAACCAAUGGAGACUGAAAUUGAAGAGAAUGCCAUGUUUGGUGGUGAGGUUUUUAGAUUCCGCACGCAAAAAAAGUCUGGCCAGAUGGUAAUGAAAGCUGAGGACUGUGUUUCUCCGAGAACUCCAGGGAAGAAAACACCGGGCCGGGGAUCCAAGAGUGCAAAAAGUACACCCACUGAUGGUGUUCUGCCGUCGAAAACACCCCCACGAUCACAGAGGGUCACAGAAAAACAACAGUCUGCUGCAGAAGCCUCUCCUGCCAGAACAGCAAUCGGGGAAGCUGCACCUCGGGACCACAAGCGUAUGGAAUCGAGUACGCCAUACCGACUUCGAAAACGUAACCUACAGCUGGAGCAAGCUGAAUCUUCAUCAGAUGACAGUGUAGAUGAAUCUUCAGAUGAGGAGGAAGAAAAUGGUGUGGGCAAGAACUCAAACUCUGGCUUUGAGGCCCAGUCGACCGGUGGUUCUGGUGGUUCCAUGAACACGACUGCCACAGCAGAAGCGUAUUUUGACCUGCACUCCAUGGCUCCUGUGACCUCUGACCGGACACUGGCCAACUUGGAUGGGCCUCGGAUGGAUGUGUCCGCCGUACGCGAGGCUCUGAAAAGUGUCACCCCAGGACAUCGGAAAGAAACGAAGGCUUUGAGAGAAAAACAUGAGCAGUGUUACGGGAAAUGGAUGCUUAAUAUGUGUCACGGGUACAACAUCCUUUUGUAUGGUUUGGGGUCGAAGAGGUCAUUACUGGAUGACUUCCGCACCAAACACAUUGCCAAAUACUCCCACCUGGUCGUCAACGGAUAUUUCCCAAGCUUGACUGUCAAACAGAUCUUAAAUUCCAUCACAGAAGAAAUUCUGGGGGAGACGCACACAGGUUUCUCCAACCCAUUUGCACACAUCAAAUUCAUUAAAAAUGCUUACAAAAACAAAGAUGAAGACUUUUUCCUUGUAAUCCACAACAUCGACGGCAUUUUACUACGGUCAGAGAGGGCUCAGGCUGUCCUUAGUCUCCUGGCAGAGGUGGAAGGAUUUCACAUCGUGGCAUCCAUCGACCACAUCAAUGCUCCUUUCUUAUGGGACCAAAACAAAUACUUCCGUUUCCGCUGGCUUUGGUUUGAAACUGCGACCUUCCUGCCUUACGAGUCAGAGAACGCAUACGAAAACUCGCUGCUGGUUCAACAGUCGGGGGCACUGGCAUUGAGCUCCAUCCUACACGUGAUGCACAGCCUGACUCCUAAUGGACGCCGCGUCUUUCUCCUGCUGGCCCGUCACCAGAUGGAGGCUUGUGACAACUCCGCCUAUAUUGGCAUGUCCUUCCAGAGCCUGUACCAGCAGUGCCGAGAGAGUUUCCUGGUCAACAGUGACCUAACACUCCAGGCCCAGCUGGUGGAGUUCAGAGAUCAUCGACUCAUCCGAUCCAGAAAGAAUUAUGAAGGCAUCGAACACCUGCAGAUUCCGGUAGAUAAAUCAACCUUGACCGAGUUCUUGAACGAGUACAAAGAGGGCAGCAGUUGAAAAGAGCUUCCAGUCACUGAUUAUUUCCCUCUUCUCCAUCUCCAAUCCCGGCAGCUGGCUACAGUUUUAUAUCGAGGAAGGACCGUGUUAUGUUCUCUCUGAACUUAGUGCCAUUGUAUUUUGUGUCAUUGCUCAGUUCUACAAGUCGCUACCUUAGUAUUACAAAGUUCUAUCUCUGACAGUUCAGGCCGUUUUUAGUUACCAAGACCAUAAGGUCAGAAACGGAAUGUUUUAUUUGCUCUAUCAUCCAUCAAAAUCAUAAGAUAAUUUGAAGUCGUUGUCAAGAUAUUCAAAGAAUUGCAUUAAAAAAAUCUUGACCAUGUUGUGAAACUCAAAAUUUUAUUUCCAAUUUCUCAAAACUAGGUAGCCUACUGAGCAGAUAGAACUUAGUAAUUGUAGGGUAGUGAAGUGGUGAUAAAUACCAUUGAUAUUGUUAUAUAUGCAUUGUCUACCAAAAGUAAUGUAUAGGUCAGGCAUUGACAAAUGUAUUUGAUACAUCAAUAAUGAUUUAGGUCAACUGAUAGCGAAAAUUUAAAGGGAUGUCACUUGGGGAAUGUCAAAUUGUAUGAACAAUCCAUGAUUUUGAGUUGGGUUUUUUUUGUGUGUUUUUAAUUUGUCUGUCCCCGUCGUUUUAUGCAA